AUGUGUACAUUCAAUGAAUCAAUCAUUAAGGUAUCUCCAAAUCUGGGACCUGUUCCUCCAUCUGUGGCAGCGAUAUUUUCAUUAAACUAUGGUGGUGGCACUGUGGCAGGGCGUUUUUGUCACUGGCUUAAGGGAUUCAAGGGCAUUUUGGAACUUGUGCUCUCACAUCAUGCUUGCUGGACACUUUCCUAUGCUGCCAUCUGGCUGAUCUAUGGGUAUUGGACUAACCUAGAUGGAGCAAAGAGUACUGUUACUCAUGAGAAGAAAACUUCGGUUCUUCAAGGAGAUAAUUUCUUCUUCAAUAGAGUUAUUUCAAGAAACUCUUCUGCGGGUUGCUCUUCGCGUAUAUUCUACUACCGGAGUGCCGAAGGAGUGCCAUUUAAAUGGGAAAUGCAGCCAGGGACACCGAAAGAUCCCCCUAAAGAAGAAAUCAUUCCACCACUUAGCCCCCCACCUGCUGUGCUGAGCUUAGGGCUGCCAAAGCCGUGCAUUGAUAUUGAAGAGCAAAAGUUUUCAAUGCGGUCAAGAUUCAAGUUCUGGAAACACACGAAGAAAAAUAAAAGAAACAAGAAAUCCCAACAACGGUCUGAGGGGAAUAAUAUCAAAAAUACUAAUGAUGAGUCUGAUAAGCUUGAAAGGUUUGAGUUUUAUAGCUCUGAUGGUGAUUUCAUGGCCUCUUCUCCACGUAACUCAAGCUUUUCAUCUUCAUCUUCACUGUCUUUCUCUCAUGGUCAUUCAAGGCAGUUGUCGAGAAUCGAGAGUACUCCUGCUAGGGAUUCAAUGCAGGAGCCUCAUGGUUGCAUUCCUUGGGAUUUUACUGCAGUUCUUGUUAGCGUUGCAAGGCGAAAUAUUUGA